GUCCAGUUCAUGAAGACAUUGUACUUUAUGUUGACAAAUUAGAUUCAGUGGAUAAUAUGCAAGGAACCCAAAAAAUCGAAAAAAGAUUUGGUGGUAGUGCUGGAAACACUCUUGCUGUUUUAUCUCAAUUUCCCAUGACAAAGGGUUGGGUUAUGGCUCCUAUGGCUUCUAAAGAGGCUUCGAAAUUUUUCAUUCAAGAUUUCGAAUCACGCAAUAUUAAAACUACAACCUGCGUAUUUAGGCCGUAUGUAGCACAUCCUCAGACCACAUAUUUUAUUCAUACUGAUGAUGAAGAUUCAAGAGCUGUUGUAAAUUAUAACAG